GUGACGUCACGCAGGUGUGACAUUAAAGCAAAAGGUAAAGGACGAUUUCACAGAUGUAAACAGCUUUUUAUACAUGUUUGAUUGGGUGGUGUUAAACUUCAACAGGAAUCGUACAUUGUAAUAACUACAGAUGUGAAGGAAAAUAAAACACAUUUAAGAUGAUGAAUGAAGAUAAUGCUCAAGUGGAGGUGCAGGCGGGGUUAAAAGAUGGAAAAAGAAACAGCGCAGCUACCAUAGAGCAUACAGAGGUCCAUAUUGACCUCGCCAAGAACAACAAUACACCUGUUAUAACAACAGGCAGUACAGAUGCGCCAGGUGUUAAGUACACUAGUACCGAGACUGGACAGACCACGGUUGUCGUACAGACGAAGCCUGAUCCUGCUGAUAAACCAAAAGACUUUGUUGUGACGUCAUGUUUCGUGAUAAUGCUGUGUAAUUUUUGCUGGGGCAUUGCUGGAUGGCACUUUGGCUUAAAAGCGAACUAUGCCUGGCAGUUAGGAGAUGAAGUGGAAUGUCGGAAACAAGCAAAGAGGGCGAAGAUAUUUGUGAUAUGUGGUGUUAUAACGGGCAUUAUUACAUGGGUGCUGGCAUUGACUUUAUUUUUUACGCUUUCACCUUUGAGACCAGGCGCUUAGCGCACAUGCACACACAAAUUAUGUUUUCAGACGAAUGACAUUUUAGUCAGUUCUCACAACUUUGAAGUCUUCCAUUAUUGUGUCCAAAAUAGAACUUUAGAGAAGAUAUAUGUCCAAUACAGUGUUAAUCAUUAAAACAUAAACCUACUUGUCAAGCAAAUAGGACAUAUACUAUUUAGUUUUUAAAAGAUUUGUUUUAAACAAUUGUGUUUAAUAUUUUGCUAUACAAUGUAGAAUUCGUAUUUUUAGAUUGAGAUUUUAUUGGACCACGUACAGAAACUUGGUGCGCUUCUGAUUUUGUUUGGACCGUUAGCUGUCAUUACGCGAUAUGUUGGACCUCUUUCAUUUUGAAAACUUUCACAAACUUUGAAAAUCGCGAGAGCCAAAACGACAACACUGCGUUUGUUUUGCUUUGAGAGUAGUAGAUCUGCCUGUUAAAAAUUCAAUGCACGUAGAUCUUUUUAUAAUAUAGAUAUGUUGUCCGCAAGCGUACGUAAAUUACAUAAGAAACAUAAAAAGAGAAGAUACAUAGUUAAGUAAUACCGUUUUACAUGUAAAGUAUGAAUACAUUACGUAUAAUACUCGGCAAAGAGGUCGUUUUCGUGUAAAAAGGUGACGAGACACAAAAAAAGAAAAAGGUCCAAAUCAUAUGAAGGCAGCUAAUGAUCGUUACAAAUUGACAUUUACAAAAUAAGCAGGUAUUUAUUAUGUAUUUUUGCAAGAGCUUGUAUGCAUUUUUUUUAUUAUUUGUUACAUGAAAUAUUUAUUAUUAUGUGCUAAAUUCUAAAUGUAUAAGUCGGUAGUUACGCUAUCUACUGUCAGGGUAUGGGUGUGCGUGCAGAUUGGGAUGCACGUAUUGUUAAAAAAAAAAGAUUUUUUUUUCUGAAUUUGAAUGUUAAUAUUUUGUGUAUGAAUGAACUAAAAAUUACAAUACAUGUAUAACGUGAUCAAAGAAUACGUACAUUCAGAACAAAUAUAGUUCGCAGUGCUUGCUUGUAAAACAACAGGGCUAGUUAUUGCUAUUGUUGGUCAGAGUUCUUCCUGCUCGAGUAAUCUAGGGGACGACUCGAAAUACUUACUGUUAGGAAAGAAUUAUAUGAGCCGUGCCAUGAGAAAACCAACAUAGUGGCUUUGCGACCAGCAUGGAUCCAGACCAGCCUGCGCAUCCGCGUAGUCUGGUCAGGAUCCAUGCUGUUCGCUUUCAAAGUCUGUUGCAAUUAGAGAAACUGUUAGCGAACAGCAUGGAUCCUGACCAGACUGUGCGGAUGCGCAGGCUGCAUGGUCUGGAUCCAUGCUGGUCGCAAAGCUACUAUGUUGGUUUUCUCAUGGCGCGGCUCAUAUUAUGUACGAAAAUUAUCAAGGUUAGUACUCCGGAAGGUCGCCGCAGAUGUAAGGAAAGACAAUUACCACUAAAGUAUUUGAAUUUAGGGAUAAAAUUACAUAGUACAAGAUAUAUUUACCUUCCUCUUCUUCAACAAGUAAAGAUUAAACUGAGGACUUCAGGAGGGAGGUGGGCGAUGCAGGAGGAGGGUGGGCGAUGCAGGAGGGAGGUGGAUGAUGGAAAACAGACAUCAGCGGCACAGUCCAUGAAUAUUGUAAAUGUCUCUUUUUAGUAUAUUUAUCAUCAAACUAGGAAAUAAUGAUCUGAGUGUAUUUUGUUGUUAUUUCAAACUCAUGUGCUUCUAUGUUUGUUUUUGUGUUGUUUAAUUUCAUAUAAAAAUUGAGUUUGUUAUCAUAUAUGCAUUCAAGAACGUAGUCAAAUUGUAAUUGUUCGCUGCCGAUUUUGGCCAAGGGAAAUAUAUUCUGUUCUCCGUCUGUCCGUUGUCCGUGCAAACUCUAGGUACUGUGAUAUCUUUAAAAGUAUGACAGAUGUUUUAAAAAAAGAUUGCAUGAUUAUGCACGGUAUUUUAUUCUGUAGUUUCGUAAAAAAUUCUGGUUGCUUAAAACAUAAUAUUAUGACAACAAGAGCGCCGCUGUGCAGAGCAUAAUGCGUCGGAAGUAAUAUGAUUUUCAGGACUAAGAAACAUAGUUCAAAGCAUUCUGAAGUUAUUGUUCAGAAACUCAAUUGCAAACAGAUAGGUGGAUGAUCAGCACGAUCACAUGUUAUGUACCUGUUAUCAAUUCGCAUGGCAGAUACCUGGUCACAGGACCUUUGGCUAAAAAAAUCUAAAAAUCAAGAGGGGCAGUGUUGAAUGUUUGUUUUUUUUUUUUACAAUGUAAUUUUAAUCUUUGACCUACUGAGAUUGAAAUCAGUGUGGUUCAUCAGCUUGCCCACUGGCAACAUGCUUGCAAAUUUUGAGUUGCUUUUGUACCAACAGUCAGUGUGAACUUGACCUUUGACCUUGUGCCCUCAAAGCCAGUAGGGGUCAUCCAAUGCCUAUGGGCAGUGUGUCUGCUUUAAAGCAAGAGGAUCACCUGUUUACCACGUUUAAUGAUAAUGUCUCUUUUCACACGCCCGAAUGGACGUUUUUUUUAAAAGGAGCAGAUCGUCUGUACGUACGUCCGUCUGCCUGUUAGCAAUUUCAUUCCCGCUCAAUAACUUAAAUAUGCUUCAGUCUAUGAUCCUCAAAUUUGGAAUGCACAUUGUACAUGGGUGGUGCAUUACUGCUAUUGAUUUUGGGUUCAGUUGGUCAAAGGUCAAGGUCAUAGUAACUGUGAGUACAGAAACAGACACAUUGCACUUGUACACUGAAUGACCUGUGUUGAUUUUAAGGUCAGUGGUCAAAGGUAACGGUGACAGUAAAUAAGUUACAACAAAGCUACACGUAAGAAUUGAGCAAGACUUUGUUAUAGCAUCUACUGUUAUUAGAUAAAUGGAAAGCUUCAGGGACAUGUAAAAGUAUUGAAUUAGUUAAUGUUUUAUACUUAUAUUCAGUGAGCUCUCUUUUAAGGCUAGAUACAACCAUUGGUAUAUACCAAGCAUUGUUUUAAACGCAAAGGGAGGAAGUUUUUAAAGCUUUUUUAUAUAGUUAGCUCGACUUUAUGUAUGAAAUUUUCAAAUAAUAUCUAGUUUCUGAUAUCACAUUGUUGUCGGCGUCAGCGUCACAAAAGUUUUGCAUGUAAGCAAGUUUCUCAGAAACUACUUUACCGAAUGCUUUCAUAGGACCAGUUACAUAACUCUAACUUACAUUUUGUCAAUACUCUGCCCCCUUUUUAACUUAAAAGUUUUGCAUGCAAGCAAGUUUCUUGGAAACUGCGAGGCCGAAUGCUUCAAAACUCCACACAAGUCUUUGUCAUCGUGUGAUGACCUCACGGAGCAAGUUACAUAAAUCUAGCUUUAAUAAGCUCACUAGAGCACAGUCUGGCAGCCAGUCACUUUUCCUUUGACUAUCUGUUAUGAAAACCUCGUGACCCUAUUCAAAAAUAUUUUUACACACGUAUCUUUGGUGAACCUUUAAGAAUGUUUUUAAAUUAUUCCAUUUCGUCGUAAACAUGGCCGCCAGGGCUAUAAUUUGAAUAAGAAAGAUCUUCAAUCGACAACCGCUCCUAAACCGCUGGUCUGAUCACGGGAAUGUUCCUUCAGUUUCCCUCUACCAAAAAAUUUCAACUGAUUCCGAAACUGCGAUAAUCUUCGCAGCUGAAUCUACAGGCCAGAUUUCAGAGUAAUUUGGCAGAAAUGUUUCGUGUUAUAUCUGCAAGAACUCUGAAACUAGGUGAGCUAUAAACGGUCUUCAUGGCUUGUUUUGUCAAAUUAUGCCCCUUCUAGCAGGCUGGUAACAUUGCCCGAUCAGGCUUUCGAUAUAAAAACUAAUAUUUCUUGAAAAAUAAUGAAGAUAUUUCUUUCAAACUUUGUCCAUUUAUUAAGCAUAACAUAUGAUGCAUAUUAAGAUAGAAAUAACUUUGCUGCCUUCAGUUUUGUUAGCAUUACUUCUCUUUUUCAGAUUUUUAUGAUGCAUAAUUUUUGAAGUCCAAAAAAUAUGUUUUAAUGCAAUGUUUAAAACAGAAAAGGGUUCAAUGGCUUUCUGUUGCUCCAGACUUGUUUAGCAUAGGCAUUUUGUGAAAGUGUGAGCACUUUCAGAUGAUCUCAUAGAGCAGGUUUCAACACUUACAUUUUAUUCACUUGUUUUUUUGACACAGCAACUUUAAUGCUUCACAUGUAAGCAUGUUUCUCAAACUACUGAACCAAAUGUUUUGUUUGACUCCACACACUUUUUGUUGUCACGAGAUGACCUCAAGUGGCAUAUCUCAUUUCACUAGCUUACCUUUUGGCAAAAUUACGACGGUUUUGAUCUUGAAAUGCUGAUAAAAGUUUUACAUGUAAACAGGUUUCUCAGAAACUACUAUAGUAUUGUACUGAAUGCUUACAAAUGUUGAGCCAGGUUCCAUAACUCUUAAUUUAUACUUUACAAAAUUAUGCCUCAUUUUUUACCCUAAAAUAUUUUCGUAAAGCUUUUGUUUGUAAGCCGACGAAUUAUGGUUACAGAUAGUCGAGUGCGCUUUCAUUAGAUAUAUAAUUGAAUAAAUAUUAUAUUCAUGCAGUUUAUAUACAGUUAUAUACAGGUUAUGAUACCCAAUCAUGUAUUGCAGUUUAUGAUGCAAUACCAUUAAAAGUAUUUAAAAUG